AUGGAAGAAAUCUUCGAAAAUCCAAAUAUAAGAAAUGAUCCAGUUUCUAUUGAAAUUGAUGAUGAUGAUGACACAUUAUCCGGAAAAGGUUCAUCUAUAUCACCAGAUGAAAAAAUUAAAUUUAAUUCAAGUACAACUUCAUUUAGGCUCUUUGAAAGACUUUCGGAUUCUUUUUCCCGUAAAAAAAGUGAAAAAGUAAAACACUCAGACUGCGAGAAUGUCACAAAUGAAAUUCAUGUAAUUUCAAGUUCAUCUGAUAAUAAAUUUAUAGCUAGUUGGUGUAAAAAGGAUGGGUUAUUAGCGGUGUGGCCAAUUGAAAAAAAUCGCAAAAAAUUACAUCCAAUAUUUGCAACGAUAACACCUUUUAAUGAAUCGAAUUCUUCAGAUUCCCGACUUUAUCUUUCAGUAUCAGAAGAAGGAGAUUAUGUUGCUAUUUCAAGAAUUAAAAUUAUUCAAGAAACUUCAGAAUCGCCAAAUAUGGAAACUAACACGAUUAAUUCGAAAAAACUUAAAGAAAAUGUUAAAUUUUCAUUUGUUGUUUAUUCAACUUUUGUAAAUUCAAUUAAUCGAGAUGAUAUAAAAUUAAAUAAGUAUGAAAUAACAAGUCCAUUAUUUUUCAUCAAAGGUUCUAGAUUAGCUUUUUUUACAGAUAAUGAAAUGCAUAUUUAUUCAACUAAAUCUUGGAAAAUGAUUCGUGCUAUUGCUUUAGAAGCAUUGGUACCGAUAAGAAUGGAUGAAGCUGAUAUACCCCCAGAUUUCUAUUUUGCUGUUUUUAGCAAUAUGCUUAUGAAUUCUUUAAAAUAUGGUCAUUUAUUAAUUCCUGAACAACAUGAUUCACAUAAUGGAAUAAGUUUAUGGGAUUUGGAUGGUACAUUGAAACAAUGGUUCAAUGUUAAUUCAGGGAAUGAAUACAUUUUCGAUGUAUGCAUUAUAUCAGAAGAUGGAGAUUUAAUAGCGAGAUUGAUCAGUGAAUCAGAUACCAUCGUUGUUUAUCAUACAUAUACGGGAUUAAUGAUAAAAGAAUUCACAGUUCCCAAGAAUACCUUUUAUAUUGCAUUCCGUCCUAAUACGUAUCAAAUUAUUGAAAAAGAUGAUCAAUUAUUAUUCGUGGAUGAUAAUUUUAUACAAAUAAAUAAUAAUGAACUUGAAUUACUUCCAUUUUUUCCUCCUAACAUAUCAAAAUUAAGAGUUGAGCCUUUAUUUAAGAAGAGUGAAGAAAGUAAUCCAUCUAAAACUCUUUUACUUAAUAUUAUAAUAGAUGAAGAUUCUCAGCGAUCUAUAUGUUGGUGCAGAAUUCUUAAUAAUGAAAAUAAAGAACUUUGUAGAUUUAAAUUUGAACCAUGGAGAUAUUAUGAAACUUGUGAAAUAUUUUUAAAAUGGUUAGACGAUAACCGAUUUCUAAUCGUGGGAGUAGAUAGUGCACAAAUUUAUAGUCUUAAAACAAAAGAUAAUCAUGCAGAAAAAAUUUUAAUUCCAUCUAACAAAGAACAUAAUUGUAAUAAUGUUCGGUUACUUUUGGACGCGUGUGCUUCAUUAUCUUUUUUAAGAUCACAAUACGAAAGAUCUAGUGACAUUUCACAUUUUAAUCGCGUUACGAUUAGUAAACAAGUAAAAAGAUUAAUUGAAAAAUCUUUAACAAAAUAUCCUUCAGCUUUUACCAAAAUUUAUAUGUACGGACAACAUAUUUUUCCAGUUCGUGAUUUCAUUUUAAUUGGUUGGGAUGAUAUAGUAGAAAAAGUUCUUAAAGAAGAUCAAUAUAUUCCUCUUUUUCAUGAGGAUGAUAAAACUGAAAGUGCUUUAUCAUUAUUAGUUAAACUUCAAAAAUCUGAAUUAUUAAAUACAAUGGUUUCAUAUAUAAUAAAACAUGUACAUCAAAGACAAGCUACUAAUUUUUCAUUGCGUCAACCAGGAUUUGCUUUGACACUAGGAAAUACAAUAUUAGAAUUAUAUAAAUAUUGUCCUGAUAUAGGAAUCAUGGCAUUAAAAGAAAUUAGUUAUUUAACCAUAUCAUCAGAAACAAAUACUAGAAUUUUAGAAACAGAAUUAAAAAAAGACGAAAGAACUAGUCAUCAUCAAUUAAAAGCAGUUGGAGUAAAUUCUCAAUUAACAAAAAGUUUUGAUUUAUAUAAAAAAAAAAAAGCGUUUUGGAACUUUAUUAAAAAAUCAACAAUCAAAGAAAAUUUUUUAGAUAGUUUUUCAUCAGCCAGUAAUAAGAAUUUAACAUUUUACGAAACAAAUCAAGGGAAUCAAAUUGGUAGAAAAAUUGAUGGAAAAACUAUAAAAAAACAACCAUUAUCAAAUACACUGAAAACUCAUCCAGCAAAAUUAUGUGUAGUUCCCUUGCCAAAUCUCUGUGUCUAUCCGACCAUAAAUGAUGAUUUAUCUUGGUUUGAAAGAUUCUGGGAACUAUAUAUUAGAACGAGUCAUUUAAGCUCAUUUGCAAAAAUUGCUUUCGACGGACCACCUGAGAUGUUUGAUCAAGUAGCAAUGGAAGCGAUCGUAAAAUAUAAAUGGGAAAAAUUCGCCCGGACACGAUUUAUGAUGUCUUUUUUAUUUUAUCUAGUUUACGCGACUAUUUUCUGUAUAACUAUCAGUAAUAAUAAUGAUAUGGUACCUGGUAGUUCACAUGACAUACGAUUUUAUUUUUUCUUAUUAAUAUCAAUCAUGGCGAUUUUAUCCCUUUUACAAGAAUUUCGUCAAAUUAUUGGAUAUCAGAAAGAUUAUUUCUUUAAUUUAUCUAAUUACGUAGAUUUAAUUUCUUAUAUAUUCCCAUUAAUUACCAGUAUAAUGGUAAUAGUGAUUGAAGUUGAACCACCCGAGUGGUUAAAAAGUUAUUCGAUAUUGAUGGUGUGGUUAAAUGUAUCAUUAUAUUCUAGAGCAUUUUCUGGACCAGGAAAAUUUAUUGUAAUUGUAGUUCAAAUUGUAAAAAGGAUUUAUUUAAUGAUUAUAACUUUGGCAUUUAUUGUUGCUAGUUUCGCAAAUGCAUUAUUUGUUCUCUUACGUGACGAUCAAGUAAUGGAACGUCUGAAAAAAGAAAAUGAAGGAAUAGAAAACGAAUGGACAACUUAUCUAAGUUCAUUAUUUGCGACUUGGAAAUUUUUGGGAAUUGGUUUCUUAACAGUAAUUGUUCUAUUAAAUGUUCUAAUUGGUUUCAUAACUGAAGUAUUUAGUGGCAAUUUACAAGUAGAACAUCAAAUAUGGUUAAGACAACGAGCGGAAAUAAUUGCAGAAAUUGAAAUAUUUUUAUUAUUACCUUUCGAACGUCAACGUAGUGAUUGGUUUCCUCGUUUAAUAUAUUACGAAUGUCAUUUAGAUCAAAUAAAACAAUGGAAAACUCAAUUAUCUCAAGAAGAAUUAAAUGUUGAGUUUAUUAAAGGGGAAUUAAAAAUCAUAAACGAUAAUUUGAAUGAAAAAUUAAUUAUAUUAAACGAAAAGAUUGAUAGAUUGAAUAAAAUCGAAAUAUAUGAUUAA